CUCUCUUACUUUUUGCAAUGUCUAAUUCAUUUUCAAUUUCUUCCCCUAAACUUGUCUUGUCCACAGGACACACUGCUGUGCAAGAAGCAGGGGCAACUGGUACUCAGAAGAAACGUACCGUUAAGGCUGAAAUUUCUACUUCAAUCUUCCAAAGGAUGAUGGCAGAGCUUGUGGGCACAUACAUUCUUAUAUUUAGUGGCUGUGGGGCUGCUCUUGUCAACAAUAUACAAUCUCUUACAAUUGUGGGCAUAGCACUUGUAUGGGGUCUUGCUUUUACGGCCACUGCAUAUGCAGUUGGGCAUGUCUCUGGUGCCCAUUUCAACCCUGCAGUUACCAUUGCCUUGGCUGCUGGCCGCAGAUUUCCAUGCAGACAUGUACCUAUGUAUAUCAUGUCACAGUUGUCGGCAGCAACCCUAGCAAGCCUGACCCUGAGGCUGUUGUUUAACGACCAAAACAACAUUCAAGCAACCUUGACUCAGUUCUCUUAUUCAACAACUUACGUACAAGCCCUCACCUGGGAAUUUAUAAGCACUUUUAUAUUGAUGUUCACCAUUUGUGGUGUUGCUACUGAUGACAGAGCGAGCAAAAAUAUCUCUGGAAUUGCUAUAGGUGCUGCUGCUGUGUUUACUGUUAUGGUUGCUGGGUAAUUAACUCCUCAGUAAAAAUCUAAUAACUGAUCUAUUACCAUAGCUUUGCAUUUUACCUUCAUUGUUAUAGCACUAGUCUGCUGAGUUUUGUGACAUUUUUUUAUGCAUUGGAAUCUGCAGCCCUAUCACUGGAGCUUCUAUGAAGCCUGCCAGAAGUUUUGGCCCUGCUACUGUCGCUGGUAUUUAUGAGAAUAUUUGGGUCUAUACUGCGGGCCCUAUUCAUGGAGCCAUUGCCGCUACUAUGGUGUACGGUGUUCUCAGGGUACCUACGCCGGUAGAAUCUGAUGACAGUGUUCUCCGGGCACCCACAUCUGUAAAAUCUGAUGAGAACGCCAGUGUCGUACACAAUCCUGUUUACUCACGCAACGCUGAUCUGAUAGCCAGAACACUUGCACAAGUGUGAAGUUUAAUGAGUGGUCUUGGCUAUGCGCAAAAUGUCACAAAAUCACUCUGG